CCUUCCUCUUCUCCCUCUCUCUGGCUCUCCAUCUCACCUCACUGCCCUCAGACCGACAGUCCCUCUCAUUUCUCAAGCCUGCAGGUCUCAAUCGCUCUAUCUCACAGUCACAGUCACAGGCAGUAACACUUUGGAGAUUAGGGCAGAAAAUACUCAAAAUAGGUGGCCAUUGGUCAGAUUGGAUUGGGUUCAUUGGGAGCUUGAAUUUUUACCAGAAACAGAGGGCAGAAAAUAGGUGGUCACUAGUCAGAUUGACAAAUUGGAUUGGGUCCAUUGGGAGAUUAGAUUUUUACCGGAAACACUGAGAUAGUGCUUCAUGUAAACGUCAUGAUCUACUACAAGCUGUUCAUGCAACACAAAUUGCACAUAUGCAAGCUAUUGGUGAGCUUGAAACUGGAAAAGGGGCUAACCAAAUUGGCACUUUGAAGCGAGUUGGUGAUUCUCGUUGGGGUUCUCAUUUUAAUUCUAUUUGUAGCAUGAUAAGGAUGUUUGAUGCUACUUGUACAGUGCUUGAAGAUGUUCAAAGAGAAGGAGUUUUGCAGCAAAAAUCUCUAGACAUUUUGAAUGCUAUUCAUACAGUUUCUAUUGCGAAGAAACUUAUCCAAAAGUUGAGAGAUGAUGGUUGGGAUAAUUUGCUUGAGAACAUUGUCUCUUUUUGCAAGAAAUCUGAAAUUGACAUUCCGGAUUUGAGUGCUCGUUAUAUUGAAGGUCGAGGUCGUAAUCAAAAGAAUUACAUUAGAGUGGAGCAUCAUUAUCAUUUUGACAUAUUCAAUACUGCUAUCGACUUUCAAUUGCAAGAGCUUGAUAGUAGGUUUGGUGAAAAAGCGAUGGAACUUUUAACACUUAUCUCAGCUUUGGAUCCAAAAGAUGCUUAUAAAUCCUUCAAAAUUGAUGAUAUAUGUAUCCUUGUGGAGAAGUAUUAUCCUCUUGAUUUUUCUGAGCAGGAGAAAAUUAAUUUGAGAUAUCAGUUGAGGUAUUUUGAAUCUGAUGUCCAUACCGAUCCGACAUUACAAAAUUUGUCUUCUAUUGCAGAAUUAUGCCAAGGAUUGGCAAAAACAGAAAAAUCAAAGACAUACUAUCUCAUUGAUAGAUUGAUUCGUCUUAUUUUGACUCUUCCAGUGUUUACAGCAACUACCGAACGAGCAUUUUCAGCAAUGAAAAUUGUUAAAACACGACUACGCAACAAAAUGGAGGAUGAUUUUCUUGCAAAUAGCUUAGUUCUUUAUAUUGAAAGAGAAAUUGCUGAGAGCUUCGAUUUAGAUUCAAUACUUGAUGAUUUUGUACUUCUAAAAGACCGUAAAGUGCAGUUCUAGACACUUUUUUGUAUUUCUGUCUUUUUUAUG